UCUUGCAUACUUUUUCUCUCUGUAACUUCUGUUUCGAAAUUUAGAAAGAAGAAGAAGAACAUAAAAAAUGGAUUCAGAAGAAAAGAUCACCGAAACCUCAUCAUCUCCGACGAAACGAAUUUUAAUCCCCACACUUGUUUUAGGAGCAAUUGGUGGAGCAUUUGGAUUGGUAAGUAAACAUAGAAGAGUUCUUGGUGUUGGUAGAAGUUGUGCAACAUAUGCUACUAAUGCUGCUAUUGUUACUGGAUCUUACUGUGGAGCACGUGAAUUUGUAACGGCGGCUCGAAAUUCAGAGUCUGGUGAUCUGAUAAACUCUGCACUUGGAGGGUUUGGUGCUGGUGCUAUUCUUGGAAGACUUCAAGGUGGUCCACUCGGUGCAAUCAAAUACUCGAUGAUGUUUGCCAUGGUAGGCACUACAGCAGAUUAUGCCAUUCCUCGAUUGAGGCAUCUGUUGGAGGCGAAGAAAGAGUCUCUAUUGGGGGACAGUCAGAAUCCUGAUAAGAAUUGGUUAAAAUUGCCAGAGUGGUCGCCCAUACAAAUACUAGAUGAGGAAGCUCUUGCUGCAAAACGGGCUCGUGAGCAACAGCUUUAUGGUCAAACUGCCCCAGUUAGUAUACAUGAGAAAGAAAAUUGACUACUCUUAGCUUAGCAUAUAGAACAAUUUUGAGUACAUUUUGUAUAUCCAGGCUCUGGAUCCAACCAAGAUCAUGUAAUCUUUCUUUUUGGCAUGUCUUUCUUGUUCAACUUCUGACAAAAAUGCACACCAGCUAUGUUACUCGCUGAAACAAUUCGAUUUUGUUGUUCUUUAUGAUACUUAAGGGCAUUAGGAACACAGAAACCCAUGAAUCCAUCAAGUGUUUCAGAGAAUUAUGUUCCAUUAAAAAUGGGCAGUUGAAUCUCUA